GCCGAUCAGUCGGAUUUUGACACGAAACUCCUCCGGUCAAAAGGAUUUCUCCGCGCCGUCGUUCAGCUCCGGUAUGGCCCUCCUCGGCGACGACGGCGGCGGAUACGAGCUCGCCCGGAAGCUCGAGAACCUCGGGGUGUGGCGCGCGUGGCUCGGGGACUCCAGCUACUCCGUCUUCAUCCAUUGCCUCUCCUCCCCCGCCGCGUGGGAGGACUUUAUGCGUCCCGACGGCUCCAAGUCUAGGGCUCAGAUCCAUCUCCAGCUCAGGGUUCGCGCCCUCCUCUUCGACAAGGCCUCCGCGUCUCUAUUCCUCCGGUUGCCUCCCGUUCCCUCCUCUGUUGCCAUCUCGAAGCUCAAUCCCAGCUAUUUGCAGCUGCACGGGGACGAUGUGUACUUCACUCUGGACACUGCCUUGCCAGACGGAGCCCAGCAGCGAGACAGCACUGCUUCGUCUAAGAUGCAAUCCAAAUCGUCUUUUGGCGUUGGAUCGAGAGAGCUGGAAGAUGCGUCUCAUAGAUUCAGGAAUGAGGAUCUGCCAGAGACAUGGUAUCAUCAGUUUAUGGAGAAGUAUGGAGCAAGUAGGUCAUAUAAGUCAUCAGUAGGGAGCCCAGAAACAAACCAGCGUACCCCCGAUGAGAUGUCUGCGUAUCUUAAAGUGGCUGAAAAACAUAAGAGGAAGCGUACAGUCUUUAAGGAUGACCAGUACAAGGGCACUGGCAAUCCCAUGACCAUGGUAAAUCCGGUAGCAGACAGUACAAGCUCAACUGAUGAUGACCCAUAUUUUCUUCCAGAGGUGACUUUUACAUGGAACUCUGUACCUGACAGUGCACUGCCAACAUCGUAUAGGGUGGAAGAAAAGCAAAAGGUGGAUUUCGUUGGUAUAUUUGACACCUUACCUCAGGUUGCGACCAAAAGUGCUGUCAUGAUUGAAAGACUUGGCAUAAGACCGGAGUACCUCAACAGAGACCAAGGAGGGGGUUCACAUCGGCCAAAGAGCAUGUUAGAUGGUAGCAGAAAGCAUCUUGGCCAAGAUCAAGCUUCAGUGUUAUCUCAGAAAGUGGUAGCACGCAUGUUGACUACUUUGGGUUUUGAAGGUGCAUCCGAAGUCCCAAUGGAAAUCUUAGCUCAAUUACUUACUGGUCAUCUGUGUAAACUUGGUCGAAUUUUGAGAGUCCUUGCGGAUAGCUAUAAAAAGCAGUGUUCAGCUGUCGAAUUGAUUAAAAUGUUCCUACAGAUAUCUAAUAACAGCAACCUUGGGGCGUUAGCUGAACUUGUCAAGGAAGGCUCAAGGAACUUUGCCCAGCCAAGCCACCAGCAAAUGCACGAUAUACAGGCACAAUUGCAGGCACAGGCACAGACACAGCACCCAAACCCCCUUCGAUUACCUCAGCAAAUCCCUAGACAAUUUCAUUCGCAAGUGCAGCAGAUGCUCAGCUCCCAUAACAUGGCUUUCCAGCAACAGCAGCUAGAGAUGCUUCGGCGGCGCCAGCAACAGCAGCAGGUUUCAGCUUCACGAACGGCCAUGGACACGGACAAGAUGAGGCCCAUGGUCCAAGUGAAGGUUGAGAACCCACCUGAUCUGCCAACGGACAGCAAUAAUGCCUUCAAUCCUGUGAACUUCAGACAACAUCCUCAGAUGCAGUUCCGACAGCAGCAGAUUGCUGCCAUGGCAAAUAUGCACACACAACAACCUAGCAAUCAGUUUAGACAAGUGGGCUCUCCUCAGAUCCCUCAAAUGCCUGCACAGAGCAUGGGUCUGGUCCGAGCUCCCCCAGUGAAAGUGGAGGGCUUUCAGGAGUUGAUGGGUGGGGAUUCGGCCUUAAAACACGACUCUGACGAAAGCAAGCUCACUUCUCCAGGCAAAUAGCUGUACGCGUAUGUUGCCUCUCCGAUAUCUAAAAAAUCUGUGCAACUAUAUAUUAGUCUCUCCUUUCACUGUACAUAGUUUGUGCCAUCCGAUGUGAUCAGGUGGUUGAUCUAAAUGGUGCCUUUUUUUAAAUCUGACUUGGAGUAAUCAUUAAUGUUUGGUAGAUGUAUUCUGUUUUACUUGGCUGUGAUAACUGCUGGCGCCGAAGCCUCAGAAUUUGUCGCUGCGGAGAGACAAAACCAAUGUAUAUUAUGAUGAAGUUUGUUGUAUAGUUGGAAGCAAGUUUUGCCUGAAUGACGUAUCGGGUGAUCCUCUUUAAUAA